AUGGGGUCCACUCGUAUGAUUCCUUUAGAAUCUUCCAGAAAUGCACCCCACCCUCUCCUGAUUACAGCUGUGCCUUGGCUUGAUGCUGAUCGCCUCAAACUGUCAGUGCUACAGCUCUCAUUAAUUCAUGUGACACUAGAAACAUCUUUCUAUUUAAGGGUGACCAUUACGACAAAAAUAAUGCAUCAUAACGCAGCAGAGCUAAAUGUGAUCGCUCCAUUUUUAAGCUUCAGACGUGCAACCUUGUUUCUCCUGUGUGUGAUGCUUCACCACUUUUUCAUCCGCCAGGCAGUGGCCAUUGAGCUGUGUGCACGAGGCAGGGGUCAAAAUCCACAUGAGUUAUGUACAGGACCUUGUGUAACAUUGGACACCUGCAGUGGAGCGCAUCUGAAGGGAUCGCUCCAACAUUCAACACGGUCACGUUGCGUAUAUUCCAUAUUCAGAGAAAGUCCAGUGGUGGAGUGUGGAAUCCCCUGCUGUGAGAGCUGUUCUUCUUUCUGGUGCUGUGCAAAAGUAAAAAUAACAGAACAUCUACUGAUCAUGAGCACAGACAAGCAUCCUGAGUUAACUUCCCUAGAGGAAGAUGGGACGCAAGCGUUCAGUGAUGUCGCAGAAGUGAAGUCGCAGGAGGAGGAGGAGGAGGAGAAGGAGAACACACUCAGUGAGAAUGGGAUCAAGUGUGAUGAAGGUCUCCCUGAUGCACGUGUAAUAAAGAUGGAGGCUGAGGAGGCAGGAGGCAACGAACCAUAUCUCGAGGCUGAGAAAGAAGGAGAGAUGGUGUCAAAAGAGGAAGCAGAGGGGGGCAGUGAGGAUGGCAUGGAGGACAGAUUUGAUGAGGAGAGAACAGAGGAGGACAAUGACGAGGAGAGGGACAUGGAGGGGGAUGAAGAGGGAGAUGUCCCAAAUGAACCACAGGACCUUUCUCUGGUAGACUACACGCGUUACGACGGCGCAGCCCUGUCAGACGACCAUGCAAUGGCGGUGACAGAGGAGGCCAUUGCAGAAGGAACGUACAUGUCUGGAAGCUCCCGCAACCAGACGCCGAGCAAGCUCAGCUGUGACAUCUGUGGCCUGUCCUGCAUUAGCAUUAACGUCCUGCUGGUGCACAAGCGCAGCCACACGGGUGAGAGGCCAUUCCACUGCACUCAGUGUGGGGCCUCCUUCACCCAGAAGGGAAACCUGCUUCGCCACAUCAAACUGCACUCCGGGGAGAAGCCUUUCAAAUGCCCGAUGUGCAGCUACGCCUGCCGCAGACGUGACGCUCUGAGCGGGCACCUGCGCACCCAUUCUGUGGAGAAGCCCUUCAAGUGCAACCACUGCAAUCGCAGCUACAAACAGCGUAGCUCUCUGGAAGAGCACAGAGAGAGGUGCCAUGUGUACAUUCAAAGCAAAGGUCCCACCGAGAGAGCAGAGGACAACCAGCCGUCCAGGGUUCAGAUGGGCCCUGAGCGUGCGUUGCUUCUCGACAGGCUCGCUAGCAACGUUGCCAAACGGAAGAGCUCGAUGCCACAGAAGUUCACGGGUGAUAACGGCGUCUGCCUGGAUUUGAGCUUUAACAGGGAACUGGUCCACCGAUCUGACGUGAAGGACCCCCCUGCUGGUUCACCAGGGCCCGACGGUCACCACCAGCAGCAGCCCUUCCUCUCAGGGCCCGACGGUGACCCGCCUCCCUCUCACAGAUCCUACUCCAUCCCACUUAACCGUACCGACAGCAGCCCCAUGGGCCUUACCAAUGGCCACAAGAUGGGUCUGUCGCUUCUGGGUCUCCCUCAGCCCCCCCUCAGCAUGGACUCAUUCCACUCUGAUGGCUCCCAGAUGCCCAAUCCUAUCAUGUACCGUUUAGGGCACUUGCUUGGGGGGCUGAACCACCAGAACGGGGUCCCCCACCCACACACCCAGCCCAUUCCCCUGUCCCCUCGCGAGGCCUUGCGAGUGAUGCAGGCCGACGGUGAGGCCGGAGCACUGCCCGGAGCAGUGUACCCCUGCGGCCACUGCAGAAUCAUCUUCCUGGACUAUGUCAUGUUCACCAUCCACAUGGGCUGCCACGGCUUCCGUGACCCACUGGAGUGCAAUGUGUGCGGCCACCGCAGUCGGGACCGUUACGAGUUUUCCUCCCACAUAGCCCGUGGCGAGCACCGCCUAGAACUGAAGUAGAUCACGCCUAUGCACACAAAUGAAUACAACCCUAUGGGAAAACACACACAGAUUUACUCAUAUAUGUAGCUGGUAGUAUCAGAAAUGAAAGCAUGAACUAGCAGCUAUAUCUACUCUGUGUGUUUAUGUGCAUGCAUGUGUGAGUGUUUUUGAGUGUGUGCUUAUGUCUGAGUGAGAUAUUGAGAGACACUGUAGGAGUGUGAUGUCUGUUCUAGUCAUUCUGUUCUCAUCUGAAAAGAUGGGCUGACUUAACCUCGGCAGCUGGUUAUAUCAUAAAGCCAAAAACCUUGUUUUUGUUCAAAUGUUCAGCAAAAUGGCAACAAAAUGCAUCAUGUACCUACUAUUGUUUUUUCCUUUACCUUUUUAAAGAUGUGAGAAUAAAAGACGAACCUUCCCCCAUGA